AUGUCACCUCCCAGCUUGACGAGGGGCUCGCCCUCUACCGUCUCUUUAGCAGUAUCUCUCAUUUCGGCCGCACUUGUACAAAUCACCGCGGGUACUAUCUAUUUAUUUUCCCUUUACGGCCCUCAGUUGACAGACCGCUUCAAUUACACACAGAGUCAAACUGCCUUUAUAGCUGCUUGCGUGUCAUGGGGAACGGGCCUCGCCGGUCCACUUGCUGGCCAAUUAGUGGACAAACAUUCCAAGCGCCCGUGGCCAAUAUUUGUUGUUGGUGGUUCCUUAUUGGGAACUGCCUAUAUGCUCAUUAGUUUGACUUAUACUGGAUACCUCUCAGGAACCUCCUUUCUUAUUGUGGCGGCAUACUUUGCGGCAAGUGGCGUAGGAAGUUCGGCCUGCUAUCAUUGCGCCCUAGCCACUAACCUUCGCAACUGGCCACAACACAGACGAGGCCUAGCUGUCGGAAUUCCUGUAGGAUUUUUCGGUCUCUCAGCCUUCAUCUUCGCAUCAUUAGCGUCGAUGAUCUUUUUUGAGCAAGAUGAGACCGGUGUCUUCACGCUGAACGUUGCAGCGUUCCUUUGGUUCUUGGCAGCUAGUGCGGUUGGCGUAAACGCCAUAGCGGCAGCAUUGUUAAGGGAUUAUCGGUAUGAUGAUGACGUUGUAGAGAGAUCGCGUGAAGAAUGCGAUGACGAGGAUCAAGCCCCACUUCUCCCUGGUCACUCAGACGUGUCUCCCGAUACCUCAACACCUGCCACCGCCAUUCAACGUAGCUUCAUCGACGAUAACCCGAUCUAUCGGCAAAUUGACUUCUACCUUUUGGUAAUUACAUUUGUCACCUUAGUAGGAAUCGGACUAAUGUAUAUUCAAAAUGUGGGGGCAAUGGUCGUAUCCCUUAGCGGAAAGGAUGCUACGCCAGGGUCCUCUGAGGUUCAGGAAGCACAGAACCUGCAUGUGACGCUGUUUUCAUUAUGCAGCUGCGCUGGCCGGAUGGGAACAGGCAUUCUAUCAGAUACCGUUUCGUCCAGGCUCGGGGUACCACGGCUUCUUUGGACAACGGUGGCUGCAUUUGUAAUGCUGUGUGCCUGCGCGCUUAUGGCGUCCAUCAACAAAUUGAAUGAACUGGUGGCAGGCACCGUGUUAGUUGGCCUGGCGUUCGGCUCCAUUUGGACUUCCACCCCUACCCAGGUUGCCGAAUUUUUUGGCGCCCACAAAUUUGCCACUCACUGGGGUUGGAUGACAUUGACGCCCGCAUUUGGAGGACAGCUUACAUCGUUAGUAUUCGGCCUCAUCUACGAUGCAAAUAAGGCUUCGUCGCGACAUUGCAAGGGCUCUUCUUGUUUUGCGCAAACCUUUCUAAUUGCGGGGGGCCUUUGCACCCUGAGCCUUAUAUCUUCCCUGAUAUUACUUAGAAGACGACAUCCAAGGAUGUUCCAAUGUGCUACCUAG